GUUCUCAAACACUCACUCAAGUUUAGUAAUAACCGUGAUUAGCUCUUGUCUAAUAACACUUUUAAGUGACCCUUAAUCUUGUUUCACGUACAGUACUUCUAGUUAUUAGUUUCAUUUCUGUGACAUGACCUUACUCGAUCUGACCAUUUUCACAAGGCUCUGUCUUCGUCUUUUCCCCUUAAUUCAUUUAAAGGCAUACCACUUACUGAAUGAUUUAACAACGCUUUUUAUUGUAGACAGAACCACGUGGAACGCAUCUCUAGUAUUGGCUUAGCGUUUGAAGUUGACUCUGAUUCGCUGCUAUCGGAUUUCUUUACAUUAGCUGACAAAGGCUGCAUCUCCGUUUGUGGUUGAGCAUUUGUUGCAUCUCCUCUGUGAGCUUCGGAGCUCGAUUACUCUGGUCUCCUGUAAAGAUGGCUGACAGCAUGGAUAAAGUUACAGUUCCUGAGCUGACCAACCUUCUUCAAAUGGAUCCCUAUCUUAAACCAUUUGAAAAGGACUUCAAGAGGAGGUAUGGCCUGUUUGAAAAAACUCUGGCCAUGCUCGAAGAGGCCGAAGGUGGCUACGAACAAUUCACACGCAGCUAUAUGUCCUUCGGAGUUAACAGACAGCCAGACGGCGGUCUGUAUUUCAAGGAGUGGGUUCCUGCAGCUGAAGCAGUGUUUCUAACUGGAGAUUUUAAUGGCUGGAAUAAUUUCUCACACCCUUACACCCAGCGUGAAUAUGGGAAGUGGGACCUCUACAUCCCCCCUAAGGAAGACGGAUCUUCACCUAUCCCUCAUGGAUCCAAGCUAAAGGUGGUGAUACGCAGCAAAAGUGGCGAACUCCUCUUUCGAAUUUCACCCUGGGCAAAGUAUGUGGUGCAAGAAGAGAAGUCUGUGAUAUAUGAUUGGGUGCACUGGGAGCCACCACAGCCUUACAAGCACAGGUAUCCUCGCCCCCCAAAGCCACGUAGCUUACGGAUUUACGAGUCUCAUGUGGGCAUAGCUUCCCCUGAAGGAAAAAUUGCAUCUUACAGCAAUUUCACUCACAAUGUUCUUCCCAGAAUAAAGGACCUUGGAUACAACUGUAUUCAAAUGAUGGCUAUAAUGGAACAUGCAUAUUAUGCCAGCUUUGGUUACCAAAUCACAAGUUUCUUUGCUGCUUCCAGCCGCUAUGGCAAUCCUGAGGAGCUGAAAGAGCUGGUCGAUGCUGCGCACUCGAUGGGAAUCAUCGUCCUACUUGAUGUAGUCCACAGCCAUGCUUCCAAAAACACAGAGGAUGGUUUAAACAGCUUUGAUGGCACAGAUUCUUGCUUUUUCCACUCUGGAUCCCGGGGAGAACACAGCCUUUGGGACAGCAGGCUCUUCAACUAUUCAAGCUGGGAAGUCCUGAGGUUUCUGCUGUCAAACCUGCGCUGGUGGAUGGAGGAGUACAAAUUUGAUGGCUUUAGAUUUGAUGGUGUGACUUCCAUGCUCUAUCAUCACCAUGGCAUUGGUUCGGGCUUUUCAGGAGACUACAAUGAGUAUUUCGGCCUCCAGAUUGAUGAAGAUUCCCUGGUGUAUCUCAUGGUGUCCAACUACAUCCUUCACACCCUUUAUCCUGACUGCAUUACCAUUGCAGAGGAUGUGUCUGGGAUGCCCGCUCUGUGCCGUCCUGUGACUGAAGGAGGAGGAGGCUUUGAUUAUCGCCUUGCCAUGGCCAUCCCAGAUAAGUGGAUUCAGAUACUCAAAGAGUACAAGGAUGAAGACUGGAAUAUGGGCAAUAUAAUUUACACAUUGACAAACAGGAGAUACGCAGAGAAAUGCAUUGCGUAUGCAGAAAGCCACGACCAGGCACUUGUUGGUGACAAGACCUUGGCUUUCUGGUUGAUGGAUGCUGAAAUGUACACCAACAUGAGCAUCCUGACUCCAUUGACUCAAGUCAUUGACCGUGGAAUUCAGCUUCAUAAGAUGAUCCGUCUCAUCACACACGCCCUUGGUGGAGAGGGCUACCUUAACUUCAUGGGUAAUGAGUUUGGCCACCCAGAAUGGCUGGACUUCCCAAGGAAAGGAAACAAUGAGAGCUACCACUAUGCCAGGAGGCAGUUUAACUUGAUCGAUAUCGAUCACCUGCGAUACAAGAUGUUGUACGCCUUUGACAGGGACAUGAACAGAACUGAGGACAAGUUUGGCUGGCUCGCUGCCCCUCCUGCCUUUGUGAGCACAAAGCACGAGGGAGACAAGAUCAUUGCUUUCGAGAGAGGAAACGUUCUCUUCAUUUUUAACUUCCAUCCAUCCAAUAGCUACACGGACUACAGAGUGGGAGUAGAGCUGCCUGGGAAGUAUAAAAUUAAAUUGGAUUCUGACAUGGCUCAAUAUGGUGGACACCAGCGGCUUGACCACAACACGGACUUCCUUACCGAACCUGUUCCAUUCAACAACCGUCAAAACUCAUUGCUGGUGUACAUUCCAUGCAGAACAGCAAUCGUCUUGGCCAAUGAAGACAUUUCCUACUGACAGCUGAGCAACCAUGAAGAACAAGGAUCCAGGACAUAGAAGUUAAGACAUAUAAAUGUUACAUAGAUUCUUUCAUUUUAGACAAAUUAGACUAGGUGCAGAAUAAAUAAUAGUGUACAUUUAUAGGUUUCAUGUGAUUUUGAGUCAUUCUGUUGUGAGCUUCAGAUUAUAGUGCAGAAAUCUGGCACUGACAUAUUUAAGCAACAGUCUAUCUCCCUAAAUUAAUUAAAUUUACACUUAUAAAUCUGUUCAGCACAAUCUUGCUCAUGGCACAACUGUGAAAGCCUUUUAGUGUUAAAGAUUAGUGAACUCAUUACUUGAAACAUGCAAGUAUUUUGUCAAAAGAAUGUUUUGUUCUUUCUUACAUUAACAUAAACCUAAACUCUAAACAAUCCCCUGACUAUAGCAGUAGUGUAAAAUAUCAACAUACAAUGACCAUUAAAUUAUUGACUAGUUUAAUAUGUUUUCACUUUUACAAAUGUUAGAUCAUAUCAAAACUAAAGGGAAUCUUCAGUGCCAGAAAAUGUGUAUUUAUCAGUCUCUGCGUAUUGUGUUUUUGUUGUGAUGUUUAAUUCAUGAUUCUUACCGCCACAUUGUACUAAAAUGAAAAACUGCUAGAAAGGCAACUCCCUAAAAUCCUAAGAAGUUAAGACAUGAAGGUUUUAAGACUUAAUAAACAGGGUGAUCCCUCAGAGAUUAAUUGCUGAAAUGUAGUAUUGAAGAUAAACAUUAUCUAUAAACUUUAGUAGUUAACUCAUAUUAAUCAAGUCUCCAAUACCUCAUAUUAUCAUACCGAUUCACUUAAUAAAAAAUGUUAUACUCAAGUAGCAAGUCUUCCAACUGCAGAGAAUACAUCCCAGUAACUAGCAGUAAUUUCCAUGAUCAUUUCAGCAUUUCUGGAUUAUAUCUGACCCAAUUGCUGUGAGUCUUUUGGCACAGCAUCACAUACUGUAGUAGGAACAGAUGGCUAAAAAAACAAAUAGUCCUAUUAAAUUAACUCUUACAAUGAUGUAACAUUAUAAAAACCUUUAUUGAUUUUUCACAGAAGGAGAGUGAAUCGCUAGUGCAAGAAAAUCAAGGCUAAAUUAUACAUUCACAUCUUGUUAGAAUAAAGUUAUGCCCUCUAAUAAAACCCAACUCCU